GCAAGGCACUGUAUAUAAAAUGCAAAUCUAUAUUUCCAACUGCACUGCUAUUAAAUCCAAGAUUAGUUGUAAAGUGUAGGAAAUGUGCCUCACUUCUUUGAGUUAGAGUCUCCUUUUCCAUUUUACCGCCUGCUACCACAUUCCUACGAAUCAUUUUCCUGUUUAGCCGCGUGGCACAACAGUGUCUCCACCCAGACAUUUGCACACGGUACAAAUGUGGAUUUGCUUUCAUUUCAUGCUCCAAAGCUGUGCUUGGCUUCUCAGAAAACGUCCAAGCUCAUGCCAUGGAGGAAGGCUUUCCUUUUCAUUUAGCAUUCCUGGAUGUCUUGUUUUCUUUGUUGUCUCUGCUGCUUUUCCUUGUGGACGUGGUGCUGGACCUGUGGACCAUAGUCUCCCUGUAUGAAGAGCAGAGAUACUUCUCUAUGGGAUUGUUGAUAUUUCUUCUGCUCAGUUCCUCGGUUCUCUUACAGAUCUUCAGCUGGCUCUGGUACUCUGAUUCCUCUGUAACUCUGGAGACUAAAGUAGAGAAAUUCAUCACAAGAUAUGGUUUGCUGGCUCUGGUGCACAUCCUCCAGCUUGGAGUCUUCCUCAGGUUUGCAGCUUUAAUGGAAAUCUCAGGUCUCAGUCUUAAACAGAGUGAUCUUUUCCCAAAGGGGGUUGCGGUGUACCUGAAUCACGAUCUCAGCAUGCUGCGUUUGUUCGAGGUAUUCUCUGAAAGUACUCCACAGCUCGUCCUGAUGACGGCUCUCAUCAUGGAGAUGCAGGAACUGCAUCUCUUUACAGUCGUUAAAAUUAUUGGCUCUCUUUCCUCCCUCUCUUUCACUGUAUUGUCCUACCAUCGCAACAUGCGUGCAUUCAUCCCUGAAAAGCUGAAGAUGGGAUGGUCUUCGUCUAUAAUCUACUUCCUGUGGAACCUGUUCCUGAUUGGCCCACGUGUCAUGUCUGUGUCCCUCUUCGCUUCCGUCCUGCCCUGCUACGUCGCCGCUCACUUCCUGUCCCUGUGGACACUGCUGGUCCUGUGGGCCUGGUGGCAGAAGACAGACUUCAUGGAAAGUAAAGCUGGAGAAUGGCUGUACCGGGCCACCAUAGGCCUCAUCUGGUACUUCAGCUGGUUUAAUGUAGUGAGUGGAAAUACGAAACUCAAAGGAAUCAUCUACCACAUGGUUAUGGGGGCGGAUACCAUGCUGCUGUUAGGAUUAUGGUGGUGGAGGAGAUCUGUGGAAUCAGCUCGUCUUAGUCCACUACCUAUUAAUCCCUACCUACUUAUUGUUAUGUUAAUAAUAAGCUACAUUAUAGGAGCAGCACUGAAAUUGGUUUAUUAUUGGAAAUUUCAUCCUAAACAACCAGAACUGGAAAUACGGGAAGCUGUGACCGAUACGAAGUCAGAGUUGAAACCGCAGCCAAUGCAAGGGAGAAAAGGGUUUUAUGGUACUGACGAGCUGGACUCGUGUACGCCAAUGGGAUUGAACAAUACACCUGAACCCACUGUUACACCUCCAUCACCUCAAAGGACUGUAACUGGUGUUCACAAAAGGAUGAAAAACAUGGCUGUGAAUUUCUACUCCUAAUCUGGAUUUUACUAGGAUGUACAUAAUGUGUAGAAUAUGUAAAUAUAAUAGAGGAUGUUACACGGUGGCGCAAAGAUAUGAAGUUUAUCUUCGAGUGAUAUAUUUUUCAACAAAAGAAGAUAAACUUCAUAUCUUUGCACCACCGUGUAAUAUUAUAUAUAUUAAUUAUAUGGACACAAACAAAAAUGCAAGUUAAUCAAAAGAAUUUUAAUUUUGAACCGGUUCGCCAUUUUGACAGCGCGCGUCUAGUCAGCGUGAAAACACUGAGUGACGUCAUCGGAGUGAUAUAUCGGGAAUUAUUAUCCAUACAGGACACUUUUUCGAUGGAAUAAAAACAACAUGUUCUAUUCCCUUCUAGCGGGUUUCAUUCAUUUGGUUCGAUAGCAUGUAAUAUUGUUAGCAUAUCGCUUAUCCGACGUGUAUUACUUCAAUGGAGAACGACCGUUGAAUAUGGUUUACGAUAUUGCAUGGGUGUCGGAGACGUAAAACUUCCGCACUAGCGAGCGACUGUGACAAUCUGUAAACAAACAUGGUCGCCAGGUUUGCUCCGUUAAAAUACAGAAGAUUUUGAGAGAAUUUUGAAAGACACGUUGAACACCUGACAGGAAUGUGCAUGUAUAAUAAUGUUGGCUGGCUUUUUUUUCAUGGUCUAUCAGAUAUAUUCCAUUCAGCUACUCGUCUUCGACUCGUUCAGUAUCAUGCUAGAUGAACGGAAUAUAUCUGAUAUACCACUCACUGCCAGGCAGCAUUACAGUAUUUAAAUAUGUGACUCAGAGCCGCGAUGUAUUUCGUCCGAAAAAUGCAAGUUUUUCAACACGCGAAGAUAAACUUCAUAUCUUCAAGCCAACGUGUGAUUUUCUUUUUAUUAUAUCGACACAUUCACAAAACAAAACUUACCCAAAUUUAUUAAAAACAAUUCAUCGAUUUCCUCACGACUGACACACAGAGAUUUGUCACGGUUUUGGUUCUCCAUGUCCCGGCUGGAGCUCGGAUGAAAAAUACGAGUGGUGCAUUUCCCAGUAAAACACUCGUGUCCAUAUAAUGUCACUGUACAUACCACUUUUCAGACAAAAAAAAAAACCAUCAUGAAGGCUGUUGGGCUAAUUUUUUUUUUUAUAACACUGAUUGUGCUCGAGACUGAGACUAUUUAAAAAAAAUGGAAUUAGAUAUUUCUACAUAAAAAAAAAGAACAGUAAACUAUAAUAAAUUAAAAAUUAUAAUAUUUGGUGUGAGGACUCUGCUUUAAAAAAAAAUAAAUUAUAUAGUAGUCUCAGGUCCAGUGAGUGCAGUUUUAUGCGGAAAUGAGCUGUAGGUUUUACUGAGCAUCUUCCAGAACCAGCCACAGUUCUUCUGGACACUUUGACUGUCACACUUGCAUCGUAAUUUUGCACCAAAACCCAGCAGCCUUCAUUAUGUUUUCUUUUUUAACCUGAAAAGUGGAGUCAUGUAAUAUAUGCUGCUUUCUUUACGGACAUACAGACACUUUACUGUCACAUUUAAGUUUGUGCUGGAAAUCUGAAAUGUUUUUGUUCUGACUUGAUCAUGUAAAAUUCAUCAAUUAUAAAUCUAUUACAAAAGUUUGUACAAAAAAAAAAAGCGUGAUUAAGACUUAUACAGUACUGUGUAAAUAUAAAACGAUUUUCUAAGGGAGAAUACUUGUGACAUUCA